AGUCGCUCUGGCCAUUGAGAUGGCAGGAAGGCGGGGCCUGUCUGUGUGAGGAACGGAAAUAAGGAAGAAGUUUCUGAACCAAAAUGGAGGAGAUGGUCUGGGGUUACCAGGGGGCAGCUGGGGAUGCAAAGUCACAGAUUCUGGAGAAUAAACAAAAUGUUACCCUGACCUCGGGGAAGAAUUUGAUCGGGACGAAAGCCUCUCUCUUGGACAGCAGAGAGGAUGUUGAGAUGACUAAUGGCGACACAGAUGAGGAUGACACGAGUGAGCUCCCCUCUCUGGAAGACAUAGGACUCCCCAAGGAACUGGAGGCCCAGAGUACAGCUGAGGAAAGUUCGGAACCCAGCGUCAUUGAGGUCAAUGGAGAGGUCAUGAGUGGGACAGGAAAUCUGGACAGUUCACAGGAACCAGAUGACGAGUGGCUACAGGUCCUGGGGAAUGGGCUUCUGAAGAAGAAGGUUCUGGUAGCUGGUCAGAAUAAGGAACCGAGGCCACAGAAAGGUCAGAAUGUAAUAGUGCAACUGAAAAUGACGUUGGAAGAUGGGACGGAGGUAGAGGAAGAUCCCACCCUUUGUUUCACUGUGGGGGAUGGUGACGUUAUCCAGGCAUUAGAUCUCUGUGUCCAGCUGAUGGACCAGGAUGAAGUAGCACUUAUUAUCUCUGAUGCAAAGUACGCCUACGGCAGUCUGGGCAGCUCCCAACCCAAUGUCCCCUCGAAUGCCACUGUCCAUUUGGAGGUUAAGCUUCUCUCAGUUAGUGACGGCCCAGAUAUUGAACUGAUAUCAGGGAAGGAGAGAUUGCUGCUGGCCAAUAAGAAACGAGAGCGAGGGAACGUUUACUUCUUGCGGAGUGAAUAUGUCUUUGCAAUCAGCUCAUACGAUAUUGCCCUCAAUAUCGUAAACUCCACCUCCAAAGUGGAUUUUGUGGAAGAGGAGGAAGAGGAGCUGAUGGAGGUAAAGGUGAAAUGUUUGAAUAAUCUGGCAGCGGCCCAGUUAAAGCUAGAACACUUCGAAGCAGCACUUAAAUCCUCAGAAGCUGCCCUCAAGCACCAACCGAACAACAUCAAGGCACUUUUCAGGAAAGGGAAGGUCCUGGCCCUUCAGGGUGAAUACAUGGAUGCCAUACCUGUCCUGAGGAAAGCUGCAAAACUGGAACCGUCAAACAAGACGAUUCAGGCCGAACUCUCCCAGUUGUUGAAGAAACAGUCGGAGCAGCGGAGCAUGGAACAGGCCAUGUAUCGGAAGAUGCUCGGAAACAUGGCUGUGUCUCCUCGCUCCUCACCAUCUCCAUCACCAUGGAAGAUUCCAUGGAAGUGGCUGUUUGGAGCAACAGUGGUAGCAAUUGGAGGUAUGGCUGUGUCGGUCAUCAUUGCUGCAAGAACCUAACACUGGGCGAGCGGCCAAACUAAAACUUUUAAAGGAGCAGGCCAUGAUAUUGCUAAGUUUUUUGAAUAUGUUCUGUUCCCCAAUCCAGAACAUUCUGAGCCUCAUAUUGCUUCAGGUAUUGUAAAUAAAUUUAAAAGAAUUGAACCAAUCCAUUCCAUUAAAAAUUAGUAAUUGGGAGCAUGAGUAUUGGCUGAUGAUGAGUUGAUAUAAUGCUAUGUUUUGAUUUGACUUUAAUUUAUUUCUUGAGGAGGGCAUGAAGCUUCCUGUGAAGUGAAAUUUAUCUAAAAUGUUUAUACAAUUAUAAUAAAUUGUUUCUAUUGAA